UCCUUCUCUCACCAGCACUCGCCAAGAAAAAUCUCACCCCUCUCUGCCAAGAAAACACUAUGCUCGCCGUCCCUCCUCCGCCGCCUCCCGCCGCCUCCCGUUUCCUCUCCCCUCCCCCUGCUUCAUCUCUCUGCCGCCCCUCUCCGCCCCCAAUCUCCGCUACCUCCACCACCGCGGCCUCCGCCGCUCCCAUCCUCCUCACCUCCCUCGAAUUCCGCCGCUACGACUUCGCCCCCCUCCUCGAAUUUCUCUCCUCUUUCUCAGACUCCGCCGCUUCCGCCGCCCCCACCGCUGACGCCGCCGCCCCCCCGACCCAGCUGGACCCGACGGAGCUCCGGCUGGCGGAGUCCUACCGUGCCGUCCCCGCCCACCUCUGGCAUGCUCUCCUCAAGUCCCUGGCGUCUUCCCCCUCCACCCUCCCCUCCGCCGCAGCCCUCGUCCCCUGGCUGGAGCGCCACCGCCUCUGCUUCUCCUCCGACCUCCUCUACUCCAUCCUCAUCCACGCCCUCGGCCGCUCCCGGCGCCUCCACCACGCCCUCCUCCUCUCCACUUCCGCCCCCAGUCCCCCCUCCGCCCUCACUUUCAACGCCCUCAUCUCUGCCUCCGCCCUCAACGGCCGCCCUGGCCAGGCUUUCCACCUUCUUUCCCUCAUGCGACGCCACGGCUUCCUCUCCGACCACCCAAACUACACCCUCGUCCUCCAGUCCCUCCUCCGCUCCCCCGACCCCCCGGACCCCUCCCUCCUCCUCCGCCUCCUCUCCGACCUCUUAUCCCAACGCCUUGAGCCUGAUGCCCGCCUCAUCUCCGACUUCGUCGUCGCCUUCUCCCGCGCCGGCGACCCCGACCGUGCCCUCUCUCUCCUUGCCGCCGCCCAGGCCCAGGGACUCACUCCCAAGACCUCCGCCGUUGUCGCCCUCCUCUCCGCCCUCGGCGCCGCCGGCCGCGUCGCCGAGGCCGAGGCCGUCUUUCUUGAGUUCCACGCCGCGGCCGAGCUCCAGCCCCGUACCCGCGCCUACAACGCCCUCCUCAAGGGGUACGUCAAGAUCGGAGCUUUGAAGGACGCAGAGCUGGUGUUCGAGGAAAUGGAAAGGUGCAGCGUGUCCCCCGACGAAGGGACCUACAGCCUCCUCAUUGACGCAUACACCAAUGCCGGCCGGUGGGAGAGUGCGAGGAUCUUGAUCAAGGAGAUGGAGAUGAACGGCGUCCAACCCAAUUCAUACGUGUUCAGCAGGAUCCUUGCGAGCUUCCGGGAUAAAGGGGAAUGGCAGAAGUCGUUUGUGGUCUUGAGGGAGAUGAGGAACAACGGAGUCCAACCUGACAGGCAUUUCUACAAUGUGAUGAUUGAUGCUUUUGGGAAGUACAAUUGCCUUCAUCAUGCCAUGGAUGCUUUUGAGAGGAUGAGGUCUGAUGGGAUUGAGCCAGAUGCAAUCACCUGGAACACGCUCAUUGACUCACAUUGCAAGGCAGGGAGGCAUGAUAAGGCAAUGGAGCUAUUUCAGGAGAUGCAGGAGGGAGGAUGCAUGCCAUGCACUACAACGUAUAAUAUCAUGAUCAAUUCAUUGGGGCAGCAGGGGAGGUGGGAAGAACUGAAGGAGAUGCUGGAGAGGAUGAAGGGGCAGGGAUUGUUGCUGAAUGUGGUGACCUACACUACACUUGUGGAUGUUUAUGGGAAGUCGGGUAGGUUUAACGACGCGAUUGAGUGCCUGGAGGCCAUGAAAACUGGAGGGCUGAAGCCUUCUCCAACCAUGUAUCAUGCCUUGGUAAAUGCAUAUGCGCAGAGGGGCCUAUCAGAACAAGCUAUAAAUGCAUUCAGGGUCAUGAGAGCUGAUGGUAUAAAACCUAGUAUUAUAGUCCUUAACUCAUUGAUCAAUGCAUUUGGUGAGGAUCAAAGAGAUACUGAAGCCUUUUCUGUACUGCAGUUUAUGAAGGAAAAUGAUCUAAAGCCAGAUGUUGUGACAUAUACAACGCUCAUGAAAGCUCUAAUCCGAGUUGAGAAGUUUGAGAAAGUUCCAGCUGUCUAUGAAGAAAUGAUUUCAUCUGGAUGCACACCUGAUAGGAAAGCUAGAGCAAUGCUGCGCUCAGCUCUGCGAUACAUGAAACAGACACGGGAUUCAUAGCACAGGCAGCACAUCUGGUCACUUAGGGACCAAGUCACAUGGAUUCAAGCUGCUGCUUCAAUUCCUAAAUACCCAUUAAAGGAUAUGCUGCCAUACCUGCUAUUUUUUUGGGUCAGACUGGAAAUAUUCAUUAUUAGUGGAGGCCUGAUGUUGGUCUUUGAAACAAUAAAUUGCUCAGACAUGAAUCAGAGGACAGUUGUAAUCAAAUCAGAUGAAAUGAAAUACUUCACCACAAAGGUUAGUUUUCCUUUGGUGCUGAUUUGCCCAUGUUAAUUGUUGCAUAUAUUGUGCCUGUACAUGUAUGUAUAAAUUACUUCUGCUUUAAUUGUCAAUAGACUCUCACGGACCUGGUUUGAAUAUAGUCACUUAUGUGUUGCUUUUAAUUAAGAGUAGUUAAAGAAUUAGUCUCUACUGGAUCUUGUUCAUGCGUCGAUUGUUCAUGGACAGAUGAAUCCAUCUCAUUUGCAACAGCUGAUUUAAAAUGAUUCAUUCGUACUAAAGUUUGCUAAUGGUUCUAAUUGUUGUCAUAUCAGGUAUUUCUUGCCAAAAUCUCAUUCAAUUGGCUGAAAAUUUUUUUCAUGCUAUUUUGUAGCCUUAGUAUGUAUGCAAGGAACUGACAGACAGGAAUUCCAUUGCUUUGUUUCCUUCCUAACAAUUGAAUGGGUCUCUUCCGCCCAAACAAGCCAGUUUGUCUACUUCAAUUAAGGUGAUUAUAAACUAAAUAAUGUGGAGGAUCGCUUAAAUGCUACUCAUGAUGGGAGUUCCUGACUGGCCUGAUCUUCCUUUGCUGUUUUACGACCAUUAGAGGAUUGGUAUUUAAGUUUUUGUAGCAUGGCUAUCUUUUAGCCAACAUGGAACGACCAGGAAUCUUGAUAUGUACAUAAUGAGAUAACUAUUAAGGUGUCUUCCUUUUUUUUUUUUUUUUUAAUUAAAGAUGUGCGCAACAGCUUUGCUACAUCACCUCUAUAAUAUAACUUAUUUCUGUACUUACAUGCCAAAAUUUUGAAGCAAAUUAUACAGAUAGAAGAUAAUUUUGACAUCCUCUU